GUUUGGUUGCAUCCCUUUUCCUGGAAAAAAAAAAAAAGGAGGGACAGGAUUUACCUCCCCAAAAAAAAAACGCACCGGAGAACGUGAGUGCGGAGUGUGUGUGAUCCGAGUGGAGCCGUGGAGCCGUGUGCAGGAUUGGGUUUGUGUUGAUGCCGCAGCAGAGAGAGGGAGAGCUCGGUGUGUAGCGGUGCAGCCACUGGGAAGUUGCUCCACAGACCGCUUGGCGCAUUGUGCGGUGCAGAGUCACAGGCCUGCGUCUCGGAAACCAACAACAUCCUCCCAUGGACGCGCUGGGCUUCGUGUGCGCUCUCCUCCUGUGCACGGGGGCGGCGGUGCACGGCAAGCCGACCCUGAGGAAGGACCGAGUCAUCUUCCAGGACCCGGAGCUGCUCCGGGCGGCGCAAGAAGACAACAAGAGCUUCCAGUACGACCAUGAGGCCUUUCUGGGCAAAGACGAGGCCAAGACGUUUGACCAGCUCACCCCGGAGGAGAGCAAGGACAGACUCGGAAAAAUCGUGGACCGGAUAGACGGCGACGCCGAUGGCUACAUCACCACAGCCGAGCUGAACGCGUGGAUAAAACGUGUGCAGAAGCGAUAUGUGUAUGAGAACGUGGCAAAGGUGUGGACAGACUACGACCUGAACAAAGACAACAAGGUUUCAUGGGAUGAGUACAAGCAAGCCACAUACGGAUACUACCUGUCCAACCCGGAGGACUUUGAGGAAGCCACCGACCAGUUCAGCUUCAAGAAGAUGCUUCCUCGUGACGAGAGGAGGUUUAAAACGGCGGAUCUGAACGGGGACCUGGUGGCCGACAAAGAGGAGUUCACAGCCUUUCUCCACCCGGAGGAGUUUGAACACAUGAAGGAUAUAGUGGUUCUGGAGACCCUGGGGGACAUUGACAAGAAUGGCGACGGACAUGUGGAUGAGGACGAAUACAUCGCUGACAUGUUUGCCCAUGAGGACGGGGGUCCUGAGCCAGAGUGGGUCAAGACUGAGCGGGAGCAGUUUUCUGAUUUCCGAGACCUGAACAAAGAUGGUAAGAUGGACCAGGACGAGAUCCGCCACUGGAUCAUGCCCCAAGACUACGACCAUGCCCAGGCUGAGGCCAGACAUCUGGUCUACGAGUCGGAUCAGGACAAGGAUCAGAUGCUGACCAAAGAAGAGAUUAUUGAGAACUGGAACAUGUUCGUUGGAAGUCAGGCCACCAACUAUGGAGAGGACCUCACCAGGAACCAUGACGAGCUCUGAGCUCUGUGUGUGUGUGUGUGUGUGUGUGUGUGUGAGUGUGUGUCUGUAUGUGUAAGAAGGGUUCUUGAACAUCUUUGUCUUUAGAGACAGAAUCACAGACUCUUCUGCCUCCUCCUACCACCACUGCCACCACUCCAUUGUUUCCUGGUAAUAGUGGGACGGACGUCAGUGUGCGGAACUUUAAAACCAACACUGUAGAUAUCAAACAAGCGGAGGAAUGAAGUUCUGUCCUGCCACUAGGAGUCCGUCUCGGUGUUUGUGUCGACUACUCGGUUUCUGACAUUCAGGAGCAGAGCUUACUCUCCAUCGAUGGUGCCUUCCAGCCGCAUGGCCGGCUUCGCUGCCUCAGAGAUCUGUGCAGACAGUCUUUUCAUAAAACCCGUCAAAGUCCAAUGCUGAGCUUUACGUGAAUUGUCAGAUACAGGAACAGCAACGUUAAUGUGAAACUACAGCUCGGAACGAUUAUGCUGGUUUUAUUUAUUUAUAAAAAUAACUUCUGAACUUAAGGUCUGAGUGUCUUACAGGAUUACAGUGUUCAAAUAGAGAUUUUUUUUUUUCACUGAAAACACAUUUUUUUUGUUUGCCUUAUUGUUAUUAUUAUUGUUAUUUUGGAUUAGUUACAUGCUAUAAAUCUAACUGAUCUUCAACGGCAUGGUUUUUGCACGUGUUUGGUUUUAGUUUAGCCUGUGAAAGUUUUUUUUGUUCAUGGUUUGAAAUGUAUUUAUUGGUCUACUUAGGGCCAAACGUUUGCUCUGUUACUUUACAGCUGUCCAGUUUAACUCCAUGUUGGAUUUUUUUGAUGACUAAUGUCUGAAAUACAUAACACGAGGGAAGACAAGUUUCCUCUCAUGUUCUUGUUACAUCUAUGUUCAUCUUCUGUAUCAGAUUAACCCAAUGUUUUUAUUCCCACUGUAUUUGACAUUACAUAUACUGUAUAUUCACCUGGUGAUUCAGAAAUUCAACUUUUAUCAUUUUUUGUUGUUUUUGUAUUCCGAAAUCGAUAUUUGAUAUGACAGGUGCAUAGAGCUGUGUAGUCAAAUUCACCUAACUGAAAACCAUUUUCCUCCUCAUUUUUCUUGUUUCUUUAUUAACCCAAACCUCAGCUGCAUGAAUCUUCCACAUCACACAUGGGCACAAACAAGUUUCCUUUUCCACACUGCACAUGAGUUUUGUCACAAUUAAAGUAAAAGUAAAGUUG